AUGGCCCCACAGAUGGCCACUUCGCGUCGGAACGGGCACACCUGCGGCAGCUGCGAGUGUGAGGUGGAGCUCACAGAAGCACAGAAGAAGUUGCCUGAGCAGCUGAAGGCUCUCUUAGGUGCAGAGAAUGUAAAAUCCAACGUGAAUGUACGGGGUUCAAGGCUCGGCAAAGGCACCGCAAUGCUGGUGCUGAAGCCGGGCACCUUGCGCGAGGCUCUGCAGGCCUUGGAGCUUUGUGCCAAGGCUGAGGUGGCAGUCUUGCCGCAAGGUGCGAACACUUCCUUAACUGGUGGAUCUGUUCCGCGAAAUGACUGCGACCGACCCUUUGUCAUCAUUAACAUGAGGCGGGCCAAGAAGAUCAUGCCGGUGGGUGACACUCCUAACUUGGCCUUGUGCUUUGCUGGCGCCGGGAUCUUCCAGCUGCAAACCGAGCUGCAGAAACGUCACCGAGACUCUCAUAGUGUGUUGGGCUCCAUGUUCUUGAACCCUUCUGUGGCCGCUGGAGUCUCCUAUGGCAGCGGCGGCACACAGAUCCGCAAGGGCCCGGCUUUCACCGACCGCGCGCUCUUUUGUCGUGUGAAAGCAGAUGGCGAGGUAGAGUUGGUGGACACGCUGGGCUUGAAAGUGAAAGGCGAAAAGGCCUUGGACUUUCUUGAUUCAGCAGAGUCCCUGACAGAAGAAGAUCUGGACUCAUCCUGCCGAUUGCCUGCUUCAUGGCCAAAGUAUCGAGAAGAGCUCACAAAGGUGGAAAACAAGGUGUCGCGCUUCAAUGCAGAUACCACUGGAGUGGACUGCAACCGUUCAGAAGGGAAGGUGCUCAUCUUAGCGACCCUCCAUGAUACCUUUCCGAUGCCCAAGCACGUGAAGACAGUUUGGGCUUCCUGCAAAGACAUCGGCACUGCGCACCAAUUGAAGCGAGAAGUGUGCAUCUCCUCGCCGGAAAAGAUGGCUAAAUCCUGCGAGUACAUCAACAGAGCUACCUACGAUGCUGUGGACCAAAGUGGUCGAAUCCUCAUCAAGAUGAUCGAGCUCCUGGGGAUGAUGAAGCUGGAGCCACUGUGGAACUUGAAGCUCUUUAUCGAAUCAAUUCCCGUGCCCUUCUCCACUAUCAUUUGUGACAAGUUUCUGUGGUGGUUUAACAACAUCCUGCCGAAGUCAUUGCCAAAGGAAUUGCAACAAUUGGCUGAUGAAUUUGAUCACCACAUGCUGAUGGAAUUUGCUGAGUACACAGAUGGAGAGGUGGACGAGUUGAUGUCUCGUCUGGAGAAGUUUCAAUCGAAACAUCCAGGAACUGUACGAUUCCAUGUCUGUGAUAAUGCCUUCAGUGCAUCACGUGCGAUGCUCUUCCGCUUUGCUGUAGCGCCGGCGUUCCGCACCUACUGCAUAGGCCUAGGUCUUCAAGGCUUGUCCAUCGACUAUGCGUUGCCGAAGACGUUCAAGGAAUAUCCGACUUUGCCAGAGGCACAGUAUCCUAUCCAACACCGCCUGGUGUACUCUCACUUUGGCUGCAAUGUUUAUCAUGAGGACUUUGUCUUUGACAACCAGACAAAUGUUCAUGAUGCGAAAAUGGCCAUCAAGAAGGCCGUAGAGGCGGUCGGCGGAAAGCUCCCAGCAGAGCAUGGCCAUGGCACCGAGUACAAGGCACCCAUGGAUACGCAACGACGAUGGAUGAAGGCCGGAUCCACGUGCGUGAGAGGGUAG